AUGGCCCCCCUGGCUCACACCCUGGCACUGCUGGCAAUGACCGUGGCCACUGUGGCCAUCACGAUGGUGCCCCUGGACAUGGCCCAGAACUCCUUUGAUGACCAGUACCUCAACUGUGGCCCUGCCAUGAUUGCGGCAUUGCCGGCCCUCAACAGCUCCGAGUUCCAGGAGAACAAGAAGUUUUCCCAGGUCUGGGUAAAGGCCACGGCUGAGUGGCAGAAGCGGGGCUCCUCUUCAUCCCCUCUGACCAAAGAGCAGGCCAUCGCCCUCAUGGCCUACACAAUGAAGGACGUGUACAGGGAGUUCAAUGAAGCUGUGCGCACAGCUGGAAAGUCCCGCCAGGAAUACCAGGACAACUUCCACUUCAAAACGCUGCAUUUCCUGCUGACCCAGGCCCUCCAGAAGCUAAGACACCCUAAUGAGUGUCAGAACGUGUUCCGGGGAAUAAAAAUGUACCAGUUUAAGGUGAACACUGGCGAUAAAGUCCGCUUUGGUCAAUUCGCUUCAUCGUCGCUGGACAAAACAGUGGCCCAGGGUUAUGGGACAGACACAAUGUUCGAGGUGUACACAUGUCACGGCGUGGACAUCCAGGCUUUUUCCUACAGUUCUAGAAACCGUGAGGUGCUGAUCCCACCCUUUGAGACCUUUGAGGUCACUGAUGUCAACACAGAGGGAAGCACAAUGAACAUUGGUCUUCGCUCCACUGGGAACUCCAGCAACUACAACUGCGAGUGGCUGCGAGGUGGGAGCCUCCCCAGGAACUCCCCCCACCUUGGGGGUGUUCUCCUGGCUACUGUGGCCAUGGCAGUGGCCAUUGGAACUCUCUAA